UUUGCUUUGCUUGUGUCUAUCGUUGUAAAAAAUAGUCAUUACUAUUAAAUUUACUCAAUAAUAAAUAAAUAACUAAGUUUUUAGGAUAACUAAGGUUUAUUGAAAAUUACCUAACUAACUCUCCACGCACAUCUUCCUUUAGAAAAAUGGAAAUCAAAGACCUUAAUAAUGAGGCAAAAACAACAAUGCAUAAAAAUUCCUUCAACUUACGAAGUCUCCGGUUAUCUCUGAAAUUCAGACCCAAAAUAUUUAAAUUAGUGUUGAAAAUGAGGCACAAAAUAAGGAAAAAAACACGGCUUAUCAAAGUGAUGAAGCAACAAUUGAAAUAUCAGAUCCAUUCCACAACCACAACUAUUAAUGCAAGCACACAGACUGAAGAUAGCGAAAAUGACAACAUCCAAGACAUUCCUUCAACCAAUAAUAAUUCUGACUUCAAACAAGCUGACAACAUCAAAUACCAGAAUGUCUUUACACAAACAGACCAACUCCAAAGAGAUAAAUUAGAAAAUAAAAUAAAUGAAAAUCAAGAUAUAAAAGAUGGAGAAAAUUCAGUUACAGAAAAUUCUAAUGUUACCAGUGAGAAAAAUAGUGGUUGGAGUUUGAAUAGUGAAGAGAAUGAGAAGAGCAUAGCGGAGCAGGUGAAAGAAGCAGCACAGAGUGCCAUGCAGCAGUCUGGGAUGGUGUUUGUGGAGUCGGCAGGAAUGUACUAUGAUUAUAAGACUGGGUAUUAUUAUAGUGCCGACCUUGGUCUAUAUUACCAUCCUGACACAGGAUGCUAUUAUCGCUACUCAGAAGAUAAACAAACAUUUGAAUUCCACUCCUAUCCUGACCGAAGCAAGAUUGUCAACCCUGAGUAUGAAGCCCAUGAGAAGAGAAAGGCUCGGAAACUCAAGAAGGCAAGACAACGCGAAGAAGCUGAUAUUGAUAACCUGACGAAAAAUCUAUCCCAGGGGAAAGAAGAGGAAGGAAGCAAAGCUAAGCGAAGAAAGAAGAAUAAGAAAGUUUUAAAUGGUGACAGUGAUAUCAAAGAAUCUGAAAAUAAAGCUAAUGCAGAUGAAAAUGCAAUUGGUAAAGAAAAAGAAUCACCUGAGAAAGGUGACAUAUUUGAUGAUGCUGAUAUCAAGGAAAACGCGGAAAAGAAGACAGAGGAUAGUCAAGAUCUAGAAGAGGGGGAAUGCAGCGAUUCGGAGGAUGAAAAAGAGGACAAAAUGGAGGAGGAAGAAGUUGAAUCUGAUGAUUCAGUUGGUAGCAUGUCUACUAUUAGCAAUGAUGAUGAUUCGAUCGCUAAGCAUCACCCGCCCUCCAUGCGCGUGAUCGUGCGAGAGACAAACCUGCCCAAGCUGAAGGUGGGAACGUUGUUCCUGGUCACCAAAGAUGGCGGCACUGUCGGCAGAGAGGGCAGCACUCAUACUAUCCUUAUAGAAGAUUACAAUGUUUCGAGGAAUCACCUGGACAUCAAAUACGACAUAAACAGAAGGGCGUACACAGUUACAGAUCUAGGAUCUAAGAAUGGAACCACGCUCAACGGCGUGAGGAUAUCGGAGAGCCAAAUUGUUAGCGAGCCAGUUGAAGUAAUGCAUGGGAGUACUCUACAACUGGGUGAAACCAAAUUGCUGUGCCACAUACACCCUGGAAUCGAUACUUGCGGGCAUUGCGAACCCGGUCUCGUCAUGGAAACCCAAGAAAAAGAGAAGAAAGCCGCUUACACCCGAACGUGUAGCGUUCAGAAACAGCACCAGUUGGAACUGGCACGGCUCAAGAACAAAUACGCGCCCAAGCCUUUAGCUAUAGAAGAAACUGCCUACAACGACAGGGCGAAGGAGAGGAGAGACAAAGUUGGAUCCUCGCAUCAUUCUGAGAAAACGCAGAGUGCCGAUUUGGAUACGUUUAUAGCUCCCGAAAACAAAGGCUUCAAGUUACUGGAGAAGAUGGGAUGGUCGAAGGGCGAGGGGCUCGGGAAGGACAGCCAAGGAGACACCGAGCCGAUUCCCCUGGUUUGCAACGAGGGUACAUCCGGCCUGGGCACGGGGGCCGCCGCUGCCCCUUCACUAAUCCCCAAGUUCGUUCCUAAGAACCUCCUCGGCGCCUCCACGUUGAGGCUGGCUGCCAAGACAAAGAUGCUUCAACCUCCCGCUAAAGCCUUCCAAGACCCAGAGGAAGAUGACGGGGAUGAUGAAUAACUUAUUAUUGGUGCUCUUAAAAGUGGUUGCAGUCGAAUAAAUUUCAAUACAAUGCAAUUAAAUCCAGUAUUGAACUGGAUAUAUCCUGUUUGUGGAUUUCUGACAAAGUAACUGUAAUACUUUGUGUAUUAGUUACUUUGUCAAAAAUGAAAAAGUGAUAUCGAAUUUAUGCUACAUAAUUGUACUAUAAAAUGUUAACACGCACGGUCGCACGUAUGCUGUAAAAAUGUAAUUAAGUAUUUAUUGAUAUUUUAUGUUAUACCUAAUACCAUUUAAAAGAUUACUCGUAGUUUUAACGUCGAGCGAAAGAAUAAAUAGAAUAGCUACCAGUUCUAAACUAUGUAGUUAAUUCCGAAUGACUUACUUAAAGAAGGUUGCUCUGUUACUAUCCAAUUUAACUUAAGGUAAUAAACUAUAUUUUAUUACUAU